AUGGGUUUGUUCAAAAGUAAGGGCGUGGUUUAUAGGCCUGUGAAGGAUGUCAACUUAUGUUCUGAUAGCACUGAAUUCUAUAUCCAAGCCAAUGUUAAAGCUCCCCGGAUGACUGGAAUCUUGGUCAAGGUUUUCACUUGGUUCUUGGAGUUUCCAAUAUUUGGAGCCUUGCUACUGUAUAUAUUGAAGGGUAACAAUCUUAUUCACAAGCUUAUUACAAAUGCUGAGUUAGAAGAGUCACCCCUCUAUGUUCCCUCGCAUCAUUUUGAAGACCACAAAGAAAAAGAAGUCAAAAGCUUAGAUUCUGCGUCAACACCACAAGAGCAAGUUCAACUUGCACUAGAGUGCUUACCUCCAUCUUCAGAAAAAGCACAUAAUGGAACAAACCCUUCGUUCUCUCGUUGGACCAUAAUGGACUAUUCCAGAGCCUAUAGCUCGGGAGAUAUAACACCAUUAAUGGUUGCAGAACGAUUUAUAACUGCUGUUGAUGAAUCUUCAGAAUCUCCACUCCCAAUGGCAUUCUUCAUUAACUACAAUCCUGAGGAUAUACUAAGACAAGCAAAUGAAUCAACUCUUAGGUAUCAGAAAGGGGAACCUAUCUCUGUCCUAGAUGGAGUUCCUGUUGCUGUCAAGGAUGAAAUAGAUUGUUUGCCAUAUCCAACAACAGGAGGUACCAAGUGGUUGCAUAAAGAAAGGCCUUGUAAAGAUGAUGCUUGCUGUGUUAAGCGUCUAAGAUUGUGUGGUGCCAUACUUGUUGGGAAGACUAAUAUGCAUGAACUUGGGGUUGGAACAAGUGGUAUCAAUCCACAUUAUGGGGCAACUAGAAACCCAUAUGAUACCAGCAAGAUUGCAGGGGGUUCUUCUAGUGGAUCUGCUGCUGUGGUGUCAGCAGGGUUGUGCCCUGUUGCCCUUGGUGUUGAUGGGGGAGCCAAUGAUUACAUGAAUUUAACAGACAAGUCCAUAUCAGUAGGUUCUGUGAGAAUGCCUGCAGCACUUUGUGGUGUUGUUGGUCUAAAACCAACUUUUGAUCGCGUACCUCAUUCCGGAGUCCUUCCUCUAAAUUGGACAGUUGGGAUGGUUGGAAUACUAGCAGGCACUGUUGAGGAUGCAUUGAUCACUUAUGCAGCUAUUAGUGGAGAAAUUCCAUCCAAACAGCCCUCUAGUAUGGUUUUCAAAGAACUGUCCAUACGAGACAUCAAGUUGGCAAAAUAUGGGAAGUGGUUCGAUGAUUGCAGUGAUGAUGUCAGAUUAUGCUGCUCCCAUGCAUUGAGCAACCUUCAGGAUUAUUAUGGUUGGAAGACAAUAGAUAUCACUUUACCAGACAUAGAAGCAAUGCGCCUGGCACAUUACUUAACAAUUGGAUCAGAGUGUUCCACUUGGUUUGAUUCUUUUGGAGAGAAACAUGUUGCAGAAUUAGGAUGGGACGCAAGGGUAGCACUUAAUAUCUAUGGUGGUUUUAGUGGCAAGGAGUACAUUAAAGCUCAGAAAUUGAGGAAUCGCCAGUUAAAGUUUCACAAGAGAAUAUUUGCUGAGGCAGAUGUCAUUGUGUCACCAACAACAGGUGUGACUGCAUACUCGAUUCAAGAUGAUGCACUGAAGACUGGUGAACUUGACUACGUAAAUGGAGCUGCACUUGUUCGGUAUUCCAUAUCAGGAAACUUCCUUGGACUUCCUGCUGUGACAGUUCCGGUUGGAUACGAUAAAUUGGGUUUGCCUAUUGGGCUUCAGUUCAUUGGAAGGCCUUGGGCAGAAGCAACCCUGAUCCACUUGGCAUUUGCAAUGCAGGCCCCUCUGGAGGAGAGUGUGAUGAGCAUGAUCUGA